CCAUCGCGAUGUUGACGAUCCCGAGGUACUCUUGGCGGGAUCAAAAAGGAGUCCGCAAACUGCCACCACUCAGUCGCCGAAUCCCGCGCAACCAGCAGCCAGCAUCUGCGAGUCAACAUAUAUCAAGCGCGAAAUCCCCACUCAACAAGAGAACAAGGAAGGAAAGGCAAGAAAAGAAGCGAAACGAAGCGAAAAUGGCACCAGACCGCUCCAACAUCUCCUUCACCAUCACCCACAUGAACGCCAACCACCAAGACUCCCUAGCAGCCUAUCUCCAAGUCUACUGCCACGUCUCCGCCCGCGAAGCCAAAUCCGCCCGUCUUGAAGACAUCAGUUUAUCCGAUCUAGUCAUCAGUGCCAAUGGCACACGCUACACUGUCCCCAUCGAUCCAGCAAUGGGAAGUUUCUCCGAGUCGCGAUCCCGUCUGGUAGCCAUGCACCAGGAAUGUCUUGCGCGACUGGGCCGGUCCGACAUCACCAUCAAAGAGUAUCGUCGGCCAGAGGGAAUCGAGAUCUUCCUCUUUUUCGUGUUCGCAACUGCAUUGGUGGCGUUCUCUCGGCGCAGUAACUUCCUGCCUGGGUCGUUAUUCUACGAAACGGUUGGACUGGGUGCGGUUCCGCCAUUGGCGCAACUGUUCUACAUGACACAGCCGUUUGUGCUUACGGUUAUGGCCGGGUCGCAUGUGGUGGAGGCUAGUUUGUUCACGGUGAAGAGGUUGAAGCGGCAUGGGGUGCCGGUAUUGUCGUUGGUGUGGUGCGCUUGGGUGGUGUCGAAUUUGAUUGAGGGGUAUACGGUGUGGAGGAGGUUUGAUCGGGUGGUGAGGCAGGAAGGGGCGAAGAGGGAGCAUGGGAAAUAAUCAUCUAGCAUCGGUAGAUAAAAUUCUACUAUAAUAUACUACAGAGUACGAAUCAAACCAUAAAUGUUGCUC